UAUGCAAUAAUACAAACAUGGGGUGAAAGGGAAUAAUCUAUCAGAUGAUACAGCAAGAUAACAGAGGGACGCAAGACCAAUAAGAAGAAGAAAUGUACGUCAUAUCCUGCGCCACCUCUUCUUAUCCUGCGCUUCCUAUUCGAGCUUCAGCGGCAACCAAUGGCGUUCUUUCUGCCUCUCGGGUUUCACUUCCUGUCACUCAUAGUGCCGUUGCCAAACCUUUUGUCCCCGAGGUUGUGGAAGCAGUGGAUGCCUUGCAUUCGGAGUUCAGGGCUGUGGAUUAUUUGGUUGCAUUCAAUAGCACCCGUGUACUAAAGGCAUUCCAGAAUGCUCGACUUGGAUCUCAUCACUUUGGUGGUUGCACUGGUUAUGGCCAUGAUGAAGCUGGGGGGCGAGAGGCUCUUGACCAGGCCUUUGCUGAAAUUUUUGGGGCUGAAUCUGCUAUUGUGCGAUCACAGUUCUUCUCAGGUACUCAUGCUAUCACAUGUGCUUUAUUUGCUCUCCUAAGGCCUGGGGAUGAGUUAUUGGCAGUUGCCGGCGCACCAUAUGAUACUCUAGAGGAAGUAAUUGGGAAAAGGGACUCUGGUGGACUAGGUUCCCUCCAAGAUUUUGGGGUGAAGUACAGAGAAGUUCCACUUGCUGAGGAUGGUGGACUUGACUGGAAUGCAUUGACAGUUUCUGUCAAGCCCGGAACAAAAUGUGCACUCAUACAGAGGUCAUGUGGUUAUUCAUGGCGUCAGAGUUUGAGUGUUAACGACAUAGGAAGGGCAAUAAAAAUAAUCAAAAUGCAAAACCCUGGAUGCUUAGUCAUGGUGGACAACUGCUACGGAGAAUUUGUUGAGAGCAUUGAACCUCCCAUGGUGGGUGCGGAUUUGAUUGCUGGCAGUUUGAUAAAGAAUCCUGGUGGAACAAUUGCACCAUGUGGUGGAUAUGUUGCUGGGAAAAGGAAAUGGGUUGAAGCAGCUGCUGCGCGGCUUUCUGCUCCUGGGCUUGGGGUGGAUUGUGGUUCAACCCCUGGUGAUAUCAUGCGAGCCUUUUUCCAAGGAUUGUUUCUUUCUCCCCAGAUGGUCGGGGAAGCAAUCAAGGGUUCCUUACUGAUUGCUGAAGUGUUAGCAUCUAAAGGCUAUAAAGUGCAACCACUCCCUCGUGUACCUCGCCAUGAUACAGUUCAGGCUGUACAGCUUCGAAGUCGUGAGCAUCUCCUUGCUUUCUGCGAGGCUGUUCAGAGAAGCUCUCCUGUUGGUUCGUAUACCAAACCAGUUGCUGGUACCACUCCUGGAUAUGCAUCAGAGGUAAUAUUUGCCGAUGGAACCUUUAUUGAUGGGAGCACCAGUGAACUUUCAUGUGAUGGACCUCUUAGAGAACCAUUUGCCGUAUUUUGCCAAGGUGGCACCCAUUGGACUCAGUGGGGAUUAGUCCUUGGAGAAGUUUUGAAAUCUUUAUGAUGGAGUAUAAUUCUCACUUAAGUAUAGCUUAUACAACAUAUUGUUAUGGCAUUCAGAGGAUUACAUGAUUCAUAUUGCUACCAUGACACUGAACAGGAAUUAAUUCUGUAUAACGAUCUUUGGAUUUUAGUUCCAGUAUUGUCUUAUGCCACUGAAAGAAAAUAUGUUCUAGAAGGUUGAUUGUUGCUCCAUAAUUAAAGGAUUUAGAAUUUAAAAUUUUUAUACAUAGAACUCUUGGAUCGGAGUUUGAUUCUUUGUACCUUUGCUCAAUCUAUGUCAAUUUUGACAAGAAUUGUGGA